AUGCCCCCCAAGAAGGCUGCCGGCCGCACGGCCAGGCGCGGGGCUGCCGCAGUACGCUCGGACCGCGUUGGUGAGGCCCAGGCGCAGCCGCGGGGCGCGCAGCACGCUCAGCACGCUGCCGCCGCUGCUGCUGCCGCUGUUGGAGGACAGCGGCCCACGAAGCGCGCGCGAGAGGUGGAGGCCCCUGAGCCGCCCAAGUACGGCCGGCUGGCGUGGGUCCUGCACGGCGGAGAGACCUCGACAGGCGAUGGCCAGCGGCAGCCUGACGCCAGCGCCGCGACCGCCACCGCUGCGGCGACACUGCAGACCGAGGGCAACACGCCAGGCGCACGUCGCGGCGCCCUGCAGCCGCGCCACCGCCAGCACCCGCCGCAGCAGCAGCAACACCAACAGAAGCGUCAGCCGGAUGGCGCCCAGGAUGUUGCCAGCACCGACACGUCGACAUUCCUGACCGCAGACAGCACCGGGAGCAGCGACGGCGACAGCGAUGACGACUUAUCGCCUGGCGGCUCGACGGGUGUGGCAGGGACCCCCCUCAUCGACCUGACGGCCGACACACCCCCAGGCCCGCUGCCACCACGGCAGCGACCGCAGCUGCAGCAGCCACCACACCAGUUGCCACAGCGCCAGGCACAGCGGCAUGCGUCGCAGGACGCACACGCCAAGCCUCAGGGGCAGCAGCAGAAGCGGCAGGGGCAGCGUGGGCAAAUGCGCACCCGGCAGCAGCUAGUCGCCAGGGGCGGCGCCGCAGACGGCACCAGGGACAGCGACAGCGACGUUGAGAUGGUCUCCCCCUCGGGCCCGACGGCCCUGGCGUCCCCCGAGCAGCUGCAAGGCCCGCGCGGCAGCAACCGCGCCGCAACCAGGCACAUGGGGCGAGCGGAUGCGAAAGUCGAGCUGGCGAGGGCGAGCGCACGGUCGGCAGUGGUCAGGGCUUCGCAGCAGCAAAAGGAAGGCCGACGGGGGGAAGAUCAGGAGGCGGUCGAGGGCGAGGAUGAGGGCGGGGCAGCCCCCGAGGUGCCCCUGCCUGUGGCGGUGUCCCGCUACUGCAACUGGCUGCGCUCCAGCCUGCGCGAGGGGCUGGCGCAGAUCCGGCAGCUGGGGCCUGUGGACGUGACCAGCAUCCUGCAGGAGGGGGCCAGCGGCGCACACGAGCCCACGGCCGUGCCUGAUGCCGCGAUUGCGCCGAGGCAGCAGCAGCCUGUGAGUCAUGUGCAGGGCCACAUGCAGGCCCAGGGCCCGCAGCACGCCGCGCCGUCCCCACCGAGGCAACCGGGGCUGGCUAAUGCGCCUGCUGUGGCGCAGGACGUAGCAGCGCUUGAGGGCCACCAGCGGCAGCCAGAGGGUUUUGGGUCCCCCGUGCAGGUCAUCAAGGGUGGCACGCAGCAGCAGCAGCAGCAGCAGCAGCAGGCUGAGCAGGGCGCGGCCGAGACGACAAAGACGCCCCAGCGCCUCCGCUUUGCCUCGGCGCCUCCUGCCGCGGCGUAUUCCCCCGCCGCCGCCGCGACGCCACACGGGCCCCAUGCAGCCGUGCUGCGUGGCGGCGUUGCGCAGGCGGGAGGUGCGGGUGGUGCAGGCGGCUCCCCCAUGAGCAUAUCCACCAGCCCUGGCCUCAGCCCGGGGCCGGUGUACAGCCCCAUGGCCAUCACGCCAGACGGCGGCGCCGCGGCCACAGCGGCCGUGACAGGCGCGGCGAGGGCUCGCGCCGGUGGCAGUGGCAGUGAGCAAGACGGAGCCCGCGAGCGGCCACGGGUGCGGCAGCCGUUCCCGGCAGAAGCAGCACCGGCGCCGGCGGCGGGCACCGCGGAGGCGGGCGCUGGCGGUCGGGGGCGCAGCAGCAAUUGGAAGCAGCGCGGGGAGGCUGGCGCAGCUGGCGAGGGUGGCGCUGCAGCAAUGGUGGUGGGAGCGGAUGCCCGCGCUGAGUCUGGUGACGAGCAGGAGCUGAGCCGCAGGCAGCAAGGGCAGCAGGACGGGGACGGCGGCAGCCCCCUGGCGCAGGGACGCCAGCAGCAGGCUGCACCGGUGCCAGGCACACGGCAGGCGCGGGUGCUCAGCCAGCGGUCGGAGCAGGCUGCAGAGCUCAGAAAGCAGCAGGCGGUGGCGGCAACGGCACAGCGCACUGGCGGGGAAAAGUCGUCAUCAGUCAUAGAGCAGCAGCAGCAGCAGCAGCAGCAGCAGGAGGAGGCACAGCAGCAGCAGCAGCAGCAGCAGCAGCAGCAGCAGCAGCAGCAGCAGCAGCAACAGCGGCAGCAACAGCAGCAGCAACAGCAACAGCAACAGCAACAGCAGCAGCAACAGCAGCAGCAGAAACAGCAGCAGCAACAGCAGGCGCAGCAGCAGGGGCAGCAGCAAGAAGAGCGGCCCCGUCGCCAUGCGGGACACCGACAGCGCGGCGCCGGCCUGCGCUCCCAAGAGUCCGUGCCCUCUCAGCCAGAUGAGCCGGUGGGGUCCCCUGGCGGUGGCAGCAUGCCCAGCAUCGGCUUCCUGACCGCCACAGAGGUGCUGGAGAGGGUGGAACGCCUGCAGCGCGAGACAGAGCGCCUCUGCCAGGGGCCGCAACCUGCGCCACAGGCGUUGUCGCCUGUGCGCGUCACCCGAGCGGCUGCAGCGGCUGUGGCUGCGGGAGGUGUGUCAUUGGGGGCGCCCGCUGGCAGUCACGGCAGUGCCAUUGGCGCUGGCCCCUUGCCUCCGCCAACGCGCGUGCAGCAGCAGCAGCAGCAGCAGCAGCAGCAGCAGGAAGAGGACCACCAGCAGCAGCAGCAGCAGCAGCAGCAGCAGCAGGAGCAGCAGGAGCAGCAGGAGCAGCAGCCUGCUCCCUCAGACUCCCAGGUGUCGCAGGCACGGGCGCCGCUGCAUCUGCCCCCUGAAGCGGCCGACCCCACCUUCUUCGACCUGGGGCCUGAAGUGUGUGAGAGCUUCCCCUUCCAAAAGGAAGCCAUCCAGUAUGCAGAGUGGUGCAAUGCUGCUGGGCCGGAGCGCGUGCGGCAGCUGCAGGCAGCCACGAAGGGCAUCAAUUUCAGGAGCUUUGGCGAGCGUCUGGCCACUCUGCAGCACCACAUGGCUGCGCUGCUGCCGGAAGAGCAGCGCAGCGGCGGGCAUGCGGCCCAGCAACAGCGACAGCAUCAGGAGCAGCAGCAGGCUGUGGCAGCGGAGGGCCAUGACACACGGCAGGGUGGCGCGGAUGGUGACGUCACUGUGCGGCCGGCGUUUGUGCGGGACACCUGGGUGCGCAUGUUCACAGAGGAGUACAAGAACUUCAGUGGCAUAUACACACGCAAGUUCCUGGCAGCUUCCUACCAGUCCUUGUGGCUGCGCCUGCGGGGCAAGCCGCCCCACGAGCGCUAUCUGUACGAGAUCAUCUGGGAGAGGCGGCCCUGCCACCUCUACUUUGACAUCGAGUUCUGCAGGUGGCGCGCCAACCCUGACGUGCGUGGCGAGCUGCUGGUGUCUGUGCUGGUCAAGAUGGUGCGGCAAGAGUACGACGCGCGCUGGGGCCUCAAGCUACAGCCAGAGUGGGUUGUUGAGCUGGACAGCACCACCCCCGAGAAAUUCAGCCGCCACCUCAUCAUCCGCGCCCCCGGCUACGCCUUUGCCGACAACAUCGCCGCGGGCGCGUUCGUGGCGUCGCUGCUGGGGAGGCCCGAGGCCCUGGAACGCCUCUACGUGCGCAAGCCGGCCCCUCACGGCGGCGUCGGCGGUGUGAAUGGUGGUGGUGGUGGUGAGGCGCGCGUGUGUGUCGUGGACCGCGGCGUGUACACUAAGAACCGCCACUUCCGCCUGCCCUGGUGCAGCAAGGGCGGCAAGGUGGCGCUGCUGCUGCCUACGGACAGGUUUGCCUUCUCGCCAGAGGCACAGUGA